CCUGAUGAUGGCGGAGGCGGAGGCGGCGGCGGAGGAAGGGCCAGGCCGAGGGGAGCCGCGGGGGGCGGUAGUGGGGCCGCCUUCGCCUCAGCAGCAGCAGCAGCAGCACCGAGAGAGAGGCGGCCAGGAGGAGAAGGAGCGGGAGGAGGAGGAGGAGGACGGUUCUCGGGGGCAGCCGCCAUCAUUAUUAUUAUCAUUAUUAUCAUCGUUAUCCCCUUCUUCUUCCUCUUCGCCGCCUGAGGGGCAACGGAGGCGCCCUGACGACGAGGAGGAGGCGGCGGAGGAGGGAGACUCGUCCCCGUCCUUCCCUCCGUGGCGCUGGUGGCGUCGCCGCCGCCGCCUCGGGCUCCUCUCCGCCGGGCCCCCUCCUCCUCCUCCGCGCUGCCCCUCCGCCGCCGCCUCCUCCUCCUCCUCCUGGGGCUCCUGCAGCUUCUCCCGCCGCCUGGCCCUCUGCUGUUGUCAUGGAGGAGCCAAGAUGGCGGCCCUGGCCUACUCCUCGGGCAUCAAGCGGGAGAUCAACCACUACUUCAGCGUGAGGAGCGCCAAGGCCCUGGCCCUGGCCGCAGCCCUCCUCCUCGCCGCCUCCCACGCCCUCAGCUCCCGCCGCCCAGGUGGUGAUGGUUGUGAAUACCUUCUGUCUAGUGGAAGAUUUCUUGGGGAGAAAGUAUGGCAGCCUCACAGCUGUAUGAUGCAUAAAUAUAAACAGAGUGAAGCAAAAGACUGUCUCAGAGGCCAGCAUAUUACAUUUAUAGGUGAUUCUAGGAUUCGUCAGCUGUUUUACUCAUUUGUAAAGCUCAUAAACCCCAAAAUUAAAGAAGAGGGAAACAAGCAUGGAAACAUUCACUUUGAAGACAAAUCUUCAUCUUCUUCACUUAAAGUGGAUUUUCUGUGGUAUCCAGAAGUCAAUGGCUCUAUGAAGCAGUGUAUCAAGUCUUGGAUUGAAGGUCCUUCUCCAAAGCCGGACAUAAUUGUAGCAGGAGCUGCUACGUGGUCUAUCAAAAUUCACAAUGGCAGCAGUGAAGCACUCACACAAUACAAAAUCAAUAUCACAUCCAUUGCACCUCUUCUGGAAAAUCUGGCAAAGUCAAGCAAUGUCUACUGGGUCUUACAAGAUCCAGUUUAUGAAGAUAUGUUGAGUGAAAGCAGGAAAAUGAUCACUAAUGAGAAAAUAGAUGCCUACAAUGAAGCAGCGAUUAGUAUUUUGAACAGCAGCUCCAAAAAUUCAAAAGCUAAAGUAAAAGUUUUUAGUGCAUCAAGACUGAUAGCCGAAGAAACCAUAAUUCAGUCCUCAGAUGGCUUACAUCUUCCUGAAUCAAGCAGAGAAACAAGUGCAAUGAUUCUCAUAAACAUCCACUGCAACAACAUUAUAAAGCCAAUUGAUGGUUCAUGCUGCCAACCUCGGCCUGCCCUCACUUUGAUUCAAAAGCUAGCCUUCUGCUUUUUUGCUUCAUCUGCAAUUGGAUAUUUAAUUCUGGUCCUGAUUCGUCAUAACCAUCACCGGAAGAACAAGCCAUGCACUGAUAUGGAAAGUGGAGAGGAGAAAAAAACUGCCAGUAAUAGCCCAGCAGUUUCUACCCUAGAGACACUUUUGCAGUGCUUAUGCAAACUUGGUUUGAUUAUGAGUUACUUCUACAUGUGUGACAGAGCAAAUUUGUUCAUGAAAGAAAACAAGUUUUACACACAUUCAUCCUUCUUCAUACCAAUCAUUUACAUUCUGGUGUUAGGGAUAUUUUAUACUGAAAAUACUAAAGAGACCAAGGUGUUAAAUAGGGAGCAGACAGAUGAGUGGAAAGGGUGGAUGCAGCUUGUCAUUUUGAUUUAUCAUAUCUCUGGAGCAAGCACUUUUCUGCCAGUCUACAUGCACAUCCGUGUGUUGGUUGCUGCAUAUCUUUUCCAAACAGGCUAUGGGCAUUUCUCAUACUUCUGGAUUAAAGGAGAUUUUGGCAUUUACAGGGUGUGUCAGGUUUUAUUUCGACUGAACUUCCUGGUUGUGGUGUUGUGCAUUGUGAUGGACAGGUCUUACCAAUUCUAUUACUUUGUACCUCUGGUCUCUGUCUGGUUUAUGAUCAUAUAUAUUACUUUAGCUCUAUGGCCUCAGAUAGUCCAGAAGAAAGCCAACGGCAGUUGUUUCUGGCACUUUGGUUUACUGCUGAAAUUAGUUUUCCUGUUCAUCUGUAUAUAUUUUCUUGCCUAUUCUCAGGGUACAUUUGAGAAGAUUUUUUCUGUUUGGCCAUUGUCUAAAUGUUUUGAGUUAAAUGGGAGCAUCUAUGAAUGGUGGUUUAGGUGGAAAUUGGAUCGCUAUGUUGUUUUUCAUGGAAUGUUGUUUGCUUUUAUUUAUCUAACAUUUCAGAAGCGGCAAGCCCUCUCAGAGGGAAAGGGCGAGCCUCUCUUUCCCAGCAAAGUUUCAAAUACUUUAUUAUUUCUUUCAGUAGUCUCUUUCUUGACCUACUCUAUUUGGGCAAGUAGCUGUAAAAACAAAGCUGAAUGCAAUGAAAUGCAUCCGUCUGUUUCAGUUGUACAGAUUUUAGCUUUCGUUCUUAUCAGGAAUAUACCUGGUUAUGCUCGUUCUGUAUACAGUUCAUUUUUUGCCUGGUUUGGCAGAAUUUCCCUUGAGCUUUUCAUCUGCCAGUACCACAUCUGGCUGGCAGCAGAUACCAAGGGGAUCUUGGUCCUUAUUCCAGGAAAUCCCAUGCUCAACAUUAUUGUCAGCACUUUUAUAUUUGUAUGUGUGGCACAUGAAAUUUCUCAGAUCACAAAUGAUCUUGCACAGAUUGUUAUCCCAAAAGAUAAUGCAGUUCUACUGAAAAGGUUGCUGUGUGUAGGUUUAUUUUUUUCUGGACUUCUCUUUUUAUCAUCAGUUCAAGAACAAUCAAGGUAAUUUCUCACAAAUCCCCAAAGCAUCACUUUGGGCUUCCCUUGUGUUUGACUGCGCCAAAAAAUAACUUAAGUAAAAUCAACUGGAACUACACAAAACCCUCACAACUUUUAUGACUGUGGACUAUACAGGAAAGAUGUCAUAUGAAGACUAUCAUUGUAGAAAUUUCACUACUUAGCAUGGGGAUAUCCACCCACUAAUGAAAACAGAAACUGCAUGUGAAGAAAAUGCGUCUUUUCUACUGGAGUGUUAUUUCUGUUUACAUUUCUUUCUAAAAAUAAAGAUAAAAAUCAAGCAAGUUUAGCUGAAGAGAGACAUUUUAUCUGGAGGCAUUAUCCAUUGUUAAAAAUUACUAGCAUACUGUUUGUAUAUUUAAAGCAAUUUUUUGUUGCAAGAAAUAAUCCACCCCCUUGAAGGAAUUUAAUUCCUGUCCUCAUAUAGCAUGCUUACAGAAGUUCAUUUACUGCCAGCACUCUACCCAUACAAAUUGGCUUAAUGUCUACAACCGUGUUUUUAAAUAGUUCAGCAUUGAUGUGCGAUCAGAUUUUUCCUAUAGUAACUGGAGAGUUUCUGAAAGUUAGUAGCAUGUUUUACUGAUAACUCUGUAUUAGUUACUGUAACUAAUACAUGUCUAGGAAACCCUUCAAGUACUGAGGGAAAACAAUCACUUUAUCAAAAGCAUAGGCCUAAUUCCAGUUGUUAGUCCCAACUACAGUAGACGCAUUAAAUAAAUGGAACUUCCAUGAGUACUGAUUUACCCAAUCCCCAUUGAAUCAGUGGAUCUACUCUAGUUGGAACUCAAUUGGAUUUCAGCUCUUAACAUCCAUGUUUACAAUGAAUAGCAUAGCAUUUCAGUGAAGAUCAUUUUCAGUAAUUUCUGUGUUUCAUAACUGACAUGUUGGCAUAGCCUUAUUUUGAUUUUUCUAAAAUCAUGUGGUUUAUUUCAUUACUAUUUUCAGCAUAUCCAAAUAUCUCUUUGGCCAGAUCCCAACUGUGUACUUCUGUUGGGUGCUGCUGUUUCUGCUAGGAUCAGUGAUCCACCCUUAGCUCCCAUGUUCCCUAAAAGUCUGCUCUGGAGAGCUGGAAAGACCUAUGGAGCAGGCUUUGGGUACCAUGGUGGGUUGCCCCAUGAGGGUGAGGGAAAGAAGGUUCUGAUUCUGCUGGUGUUUAAUAAGGAAGUACAUCCUGGAUCUUGUCAGUUGUAGCUUACAAUAUUAGUGUCAUAUGUUCGUUGAAAACUAAGAGUCUUCAGCCAUUCUCCUAUAAUUUCUCCCUUCUAUUUCUUGUGUAUCAUUGUAGUCACACAUGAGGAGUGAAGUAGCUAGAAUACAACUAAACUGUUUCCCAUUGGCAAUAACUCUAUAUAGGCUUUGCCCCUGUUGUUGUUGUUGUGUGCCUUCAAGUUGUUUUUCACUUAUGGCAACCCUAAGGCGAACCUGUGAUGGAUUUCUGAUGGUGAAAGAGUGUGACUUGCCAAAGGUCACCCAGUGGGUUUUCAUGGCCAAGCAGGGAUUUGAACCCUGGUCUCCAAAGUCAUAGUACAACAUACAGAUCACUAUGCCACACUGGCUCUUAUAAGAAUCUUAUAUCACACAUACUACACUGAAGAGGUCAGGUACCUAAAACUUAUAUGGAGUGUAUAACCAUUACCUUCUUUUCAUUUGGAAGGAGGUUGGUUUCUUUUUGAUUAAGUGAUUUUUCAUUCUCGAUUGGCCUUUCUAAAAUGAUACAUUAUGCUUCUAUGUAAGUAUUUAGGAUUACUUACAUUCUCAGACUAUUCUUUCAUAACUAAGCUGCGGAUGUGAAAAAAUGUUGCAAUUUAGAUUAAAGGAGAGAAUGUAAUUUAAAUUCUUCAGAUUGAACGUAUUUCACUGACUCUUUAUCCCAGUGAAUUCACUAUGCUAACUUUUUGGAGUAGGAUCACAGGGCACAUUGUAAUAAGAGUUCAAACUAUGGAGCAUUCUGUAACCUAUUUGAAAUGUAUGGGUCUUAAUCCCAAAUAGUGUAUGCAUGAUCAAAUUUCAUGCAGUUUUCUUUUUAGAAGUUUAAGAAGCUGGCACCCAACAACUGUCAGACUACUUUUUCAACAGUACCAAUUUCAUAAUGUAAUUUGAGAACAGGUGCAAAGUUUAUUAGUGGGAAAAUAGUUUGUGUACAGGGGAUGCUUUUUUUCUUCCUGGUGCCCAUUGCAAAUUUUUAAAGAGCAUUAAUUGUUUCUAUUUCCAACUCUCAGAAGUCCCAGCUCGCAUGGGUGCCUAUGGUCGUAAAUAUCUGGAUGGUCAAAAGGUUUCCGUUCCUCUUGCAAAGGAACCUCUUAUUAAUAUAUAUCUUAGCUGAAUACCUGUGUACUUACUCCUGUGGGUCUUGGCUUUAAGAAACAUGUUCCUGUAAUGAUUAUGUUUCCAAUGAUUUGAGCACUUGAAUAAUGAAUAGACAGUAUUGUUUUCUAUGCAUAUGUGUAUACAUGUAAUGAUGGACAAUAUGGUUUUCAAUUUAUAGGAAGCCUGUUUCUUGUCAUGCAAAGAAUCUUGUGAUGCAGGGUCAUAGCCAAGUAUAAUUGGGCUGGGGAGACUUCACUGAAGAAUGAUAGACCACAUUUGUUUCAUUUAAAGCUUAAGUUGAACCUUCCUACUCUGUUAACAAACAACAAUGUGUAAAUCCUAUUUUUUCAUUUGCCUGUUUGUUUUCACUGGUAUCAAAAGUUGCCCUUUGCCACUAAUAGAAGCAUUUGAUUUCUAUGUUUCAUUUCUGUUUAGCUGAGCACUAUAGUAAUGGUUGGAAAGUCAUAGGCCGCAGGUUCAAAUGACAUCCAUAACAUUACAGUGUGAGAGAACCUUUGAGAAGAGUGGGGGUUUUGUUGUGUUUAUAAAACAAGAAUUGUAGAUAUUUUAUUUAUCUGUUGUACAGAUUUGGUUAAGGAUUAUUUUUUAUGUUUGAAAUAUUGCACUUGUUUGCUAUUACUGUAUGUGGGAUAAAGUAUAUUUUCUUUUAAAAUUAUGUGGAAAAUAUGAAGUAAUUUAAAUAAAUGUGCUGUGGGUGCUUUA